ACACAACCUUGAUACAUUGUAUAUAAGGGCUGGACUCUGUGACGGGAAGUUCACUCGUCUGAGUCCUACAGCAAAGUGACCAACACGAUGAAGUGGCUCGUUGUCCUGUCAGCCCUUGUGGCUUUCUCCGAAUGCAUCCAUAGGAUGCCCCUGAUCAAGGGAAAGACCGCCAGGCAAGCCCUGCAGGAGCAAGGACUUUGGGAGGAGUACAGGAAGAAACACCCAUACAACCCAAUGGUCAAGUUCACCCAGACUGGUACUGAGCCCAUGACCAACGAUGCUGACUUGUCCUACUAUGGUGUGAUCUCCAUUGGCACACCUCCUCAGUCCUUCAGCGUCAUCUUUGACACCGGCUCUUCCAACCUCUGGAUCCCCUCAGUCUACUGCUCCAGCCAGGCCUGUCAGAACCACAGGAGAUUCAACCCACAGCAGUCCUCCACCUUCCACUGGGGCAACCAGCCUCUGUCCAUCCAGUAUGGCACUGGCAGCAUGACUGGAUAUCUGGCCAGUGACACUGUUGAGGUGGGCGGCCUCUCUGUGGCCAACCAGGUGUUUGGAAUUAGCCAGACAGAGGCUCCCUUCAUGGCCCACAUGCAGGCUGACGGUAUCCUGGGACUGGCCUUCCAGAGCAUUGCUUCUGACAAUGUCGUGCCUGUCUUUGACAACAUGAUCAAGCAGGGACUUGUGUCCCAGCCCAUGUUCUCCGUCUACCUGAGCGGCAACAGUGAGCAGGGCAGUGAGGUUGUCUUCGGUGGUGUGGACAGCAGCCACUACACUGGACAAGUCACCUGGAUCCCUCUGACCUCUGCCACCUACUGGCAGAUCAAAAUGGACAGUGUUACCAUCAAUGGACAGACUGUGGCCUGCUCUGGUGGCUGCCAGGCCAUCAUUGACACUGGUACCUCCCUGAUUGUUGGUCCAACCAAUGACAUCAACAACAUGAAUGCCUGGGUUGGAGCCUCAACCAACCAGUACGGAGAGGCCACAGUGAACUGCCAGAACGUCCAGAGCAUGCCCGACGUCACCUUCACUCUCAACGGACACGCCUUCACUGUCCCUGCAUCUGCCUACGUCUCUCAGAACUACUACGGUUGCAACACUGGCUUUGGCCAGGGUGGCUCUGACCAGCUCUGGAUCCUGGGAGAUGUCUUCAUCAGGGAGUACUACGCCAUCUUUAAUGCUCAGGCUCAGUACAUUGGUCUGGCCAAGUCUGUGUAAUCAAAUAAGACACCUGAUGAAUAAUCUAUAGAUGUAUAUUUCCCUGUGGGAGCUUGUCUAGAUUAAAGAUUGAAAAAAAAAUGGUGCAAAUGGGACAUUGUGGAAAAUACAGAUGUGAACAUGUUGUAGCUGCCUUUGCAUUAAAGAGAUUAUAGCAACUAAAACAUUCUGUGUAUUUGUGUGUGUCUGACUGUGGUGACUACAACCAAGAGCAUAUAUCAGCACAGCAUCUUUAGUCACAGUGGUUUCGUGUCACAGUGUCGCACUGAAAUAUCACAGGAAUAAGAAUCAGUCCAGUCUAUUCAUUCAUCCACUCGUCAGAGAAACCUGAUCUUUUAUAGAUGAUACAAAAGGGACUGCCACCAGCUUUUUUGUGCAAAGGAAGAACAAGCCCAGAAUAGAAUAUCGAGCGGCUCUCAGAAUAGCAAAGGGCCAGGUGAGGAUAUAAUCUAGAGGAAGCUGAUGA